AUGAAAGGAAGUUUUUUGUUGGGCAUCUCUAUAAUGAGCUAUCUCUUUGUGGUUUACCUGAAAGUCCGCGAGCUAAGACAGCUAUCCAAGCCACCAUCCAAGGUAUACCUUAAGCUAACAACACUCGAGCAGGUAAAGAAAACCAAGGCGUAUAACAGAGACAAGCUAAUCAUGUCGAUCUUUGAGCUUACUCUUCUUCUUAUGAGAGACCUUUAUCUGAUCAAAAGGGGAGUGCUUGAGAAUGUGUACACCAAGCACUUUAUGGGCAGCUGGUACGGAGAUGCCUUGUUCUUGGUGGGAUAUGCUCAUCUCCAGAGGCUUUUUGACCUCCCACUUGGAGUUAUUUCGACGUUUUACAUCGAGGCUAAGCAUGGAUUUAACAAGACAACACUCUCGACAUUUUUGAUGGAUUUCCUGAAGAUGUCACUUAUAAUCACGGUUCUAUUCGGGCCUUUUUCUUAUGUUUCAACAAACAUCAUCAAGAAGUACUAUAAGACGUCUUUCUACAUCUAUCUGUGGGUCUUCAUGGCUGUUUUCCAGAUAGGGCUCGUCAUCGUAUAUCCGAUUGCCAUUCAACCUCUGUUCAACAAGUUUGAGGAGAUGGAGGAGUCCAAUCUCAAGACAAAGAUCGAGAAGUUGGCUGAAAGGGUUGGAAUUUGUGCCAAGAAGAUACUGGUAAUGGAUGCAUCGAAGAGGUCUGGGCAUUCUAAUGCCUACUUCAUAGGACUUACCAAGGAAAAAAGGAUUGUGAUAUACGACACUUUGCUGAAACAAGUGGAUGAGGAGGAAACUCUUGCUAUUCUAUGUCACGAGCUUGGACAUUGGAAGCAUAACCAUGUUGUAAAGAUGACAUCCCUUGUCCUUCUCAUCCAGCUGCUGUAUCUGUAUGUAUUGAAUGUUUCAUUGAACUCCAAACUCUUUGGGGAUGUUGUGUUAGGAAAAGAUCUGCCGUUGCUGAUAAGAUGCAUCUACUUCCUUAUGGUAAUUGGGGCCUUCAGUGUUCCCGUUGAUGUGCUAAGGAAUUUCAUAUCCAGGUACUUUGAAGCCCAGGCAGACAGGUUUUCUGUGUCACUUGGAUAUGGGAAAGAGCUUUCGUCUGGGCUGGUCAAGCUUUUCGAAAAGAACAGCAGCAACAUGGAGCCGGAUCCGCUUUAUGCAGCAAUUGUUCAUACACAUCCCACCGUGAUUGAGAGAAUCAAACUGAUUGAGGAUGAGAUGAAUAAAACCAAGUAG